AUGCCGUGGCUCAAUGAUGCUCUUGGAAAAGUCCGCGAGCAGAGCAGUUCGCUGGUCGCCACCGCGAAGGAGCAGGCCUCGGCCUCGAAUGUCGCGAGAUGCCACGAGAUGCUGCGGCGCAAGCGCCGCAGCCUCGAAAAGCGAGCAGCAGCUGCUGCAGGAGAUGCUGCGGUGGACCAGCUCUGCCAGGCAUGGUGUCGUCAACUCAGCACUGCGAGCCUCUCAAGCGAUGUCGGCUUGGCGAGAGAUGUGUUUUGGCAAUCCCUGCUCCGAUGCCACGCGGCUGAAGAGCUGCUGAAAAGCGCGGGCCAGCAAACUGGUAGCCAGCCACCCGGCGGGGUGCCAACAGACAGCAGAGGCCUGCGCCUUCUGGUGGCUCGAGUCCUCCCAGACGAUCAUGCGGCACUGGGCCAAGAACUCGUUACCUUACUCUCAGGUGAGCGGGGCGACCUAAGCACGGAGCAGCACAGCAACUUCGCGGCAAAGCUGCUGUCCGCCGGCAAGGUUGACUGGCGGACAGAGGCGGACUUUGCCCAGCGAUCUGAGCUGAACAGGAUGGCCGAGCAACGAAGCAAGGAGUUGCAGCAACUGGGGUCUGCCCCGAGCGACCUGGAGAGGUCCGCCCGACGUGUUCGUGCAUCCGCGGAACUCUUGGGUGCGCCCUGCGCACUCCACCAAUCUCUGCUGGAGGCACAAUCUCAGGUCUCGGCAAGUACACAGGAACGUAGCCGGCAGCUUCAGAGCACCUUGGAUGACAUCGAGGUCUACACCAGCUCCUUCAGUCAAGGAGAAGGUGUUGGGCAACGGCAGCAGCGAUUGCAACAAGAACUGCGGGAGGCGCAUGACUCUCUUGCCAGAGACCUCGCCGUGGUCGAUGAGAAGCGCGCAGAUGCAGAUGCACAGAUUGAGUCUCUGGAGACCAAGAAGCUUCAACUUCGACAGCAGCUGCAUGCUGUCGACGAAAAGCUCCAUGCUGCACGUGAAGGACAACGGAACUGGCUUGUGCAAAAAGAUCGUCAUCGCCGAGCUGUCGAAGAUGUGGAAGCCACUUUUCGCAAGAACCUCAAGGAGAUCGAGGAGCAAGGCCUAGCUGCCAGGAAGGAGCGGGCAGCUGCAGAGAAGGUGAAGGAAGCUGCUGCUGAGACAGAGCUGCUGGCACUUCGGGCUCUGUCCGGGGCAUCCGAGGAUCUCAGCUCCAAGGCGACGCAGUUUGACGGCCACUUGCUAAAUGUCUUGGUGGAGCAUCUAGGGCACGAGGAGAGACGCAUUCAGCUGCUUGAUCACGACUCGAACCGAUGCACAGAGAUCAUGAAGAAGCACCAAGCUGAAAUCGAUCUGAUGAGUGUCAUGGACCGUCCGCUGAACAGCGUGCUGGAUGCUGCAGAGCAUAAACACUUGUGCCACACCUCCCUCGCAGCGGAGGCAGCUCUCAAGGCAUGUGCCGGAUUCGCCAGGGACUUCGGACCCUUCCUCAGCAAGCACCCCGAAGCGCAGGCACGUUUGCAAAAGCUUGAGGCGGAUCAUGCAGAGUCGCAGCAGCAGCAGCAGCCGCCCCCACAACUUCCACAGCAGUCGCCAAAACAGCCGCCGCAGCAGCAACAGCCGCCCGCACAACUUCCACAGCAGUCGCCAAAGCAGAAGCCACAGCAGCAGCAGCAGCCGCAGCCGCAGCAGCAGCCGCAGCCGCAGCCGCCGCUUGCGCCCGCCCCCGCGCCGAAGCCCACACCUCAAUCGCCAAAGCGGGAGUCGCAGGAGGCGCAGCAAUCUCUGACGCAACCCGCGAAGGAGCCGGCCGCGCAGCAAUCGCAGCAAGAGCUGCAUCAGGACCAAUCAGCCCAGCAGCACGCAGUGGCACAGCCGCAGCAGCAGUCCGAGCUGUCUCGACAAAGCGAGCAGCUGCCUCCCCGGCAUGCGCAGCCUCAAGAGCACAAGAGCCCGUCAGAAUUGGGAGAGGAACAGCUUCCACCAGCGGCACAUGCAAAUAGUGGAACUGUGCCAGCUGCAGCUCCGCAGUCAGUGGAAAGAGAUACUCGGCCGGCCCCGAGCAACUAG